UUCUGUGGUUACGUCAUCGCCCCUUGGCAAUAUUGGGUAAGUGUUGUGUUUGUAUUCCAAUAAUUUUUGUAAAUAUAAUAAUACCGUAAAAUUAAGGGUAAAUUUAAAAAAAAAAGUAAAAUUUUUGGUGAAAUGCUUCGUCAACGGUUAAUCAAAAAUUACGAAAAUGGCGUUGAUAGCACGCCGAGGAGGCGAAAGUCUAUUGAAGAUAAUAUGGUACUAAACGAACGAAAACUGGCUAUCUAUGGGCUAUCUUUUUCCCUGUUAGUUAUUUUCGUUAAAGUCUUUUUUGCAAACCAGGACAUUAUAGAAAAAACUAUAUUUGAAAGAAAGUUAAUCUCUUAUGAAGUGUUUACCGAAGAUGGGCGAGUCGUGUUUACAAAUUCUUGGCAAACUGUUGUAAGGUACAGCCAUUUCUGGGUACCUUUGCUUUGUGGAUUUCUUACUACAUAUUUUACUUGGAUAUUUGUAUAUCUUGAUUCAAAUGUGCCUGGUGUCCAGCCACCAAGUCCUUUAUCACCACAGAAAUACAGGAUGCAGUCGGGGCAUAACUUCCACCUAAAUUAUGUAUUUGCUAUACUCAUUGGAAUUUUAGUAACAACAUACAUGUACCUGAGAGGGGCUUCAAUUCAGUAUUAAAGUGACAAAAUACCUUAUUUGAUUUAUGUGCAAUGUGGUGAAUCAUAUUUUUCAUAAUUUAUUUUUUACUAAGAUUUUUGUUAUUUGAUGCAGCUAUGUGUAUUUGGUUUAUUUAAGAAGACUUACAUAUUUUUGUUAUGUAGUUGGUUGUAUUAUGUUUAUUAUAAGAUCAAUUUUGGAUAAAUAUAUAUUUAUAAUGAAAUUUUUGGUUUGUCCCUUAGUGGACAUAUGUUUACUUUAAAAUACUAUUUCCUAUCAUCUACUGAUAUUCCAUUUUGUUCUCCAAAAAAAAUGCCAUAAAGAUAAUAACUCAUCAUUACAAAAUUGAAUUUGCAGGUCAUACACGUAAAAAUAAAAAAAAACUACCGAAAUUUUUAUGUUCCAUAAUCUCCUCUUAUAUUCUUUGUUCUCAAAAUUAAAGCCUUUUAAAAGAUAAAACGGAACACCCUGCUUAUUAAUUUCUGCCCUAUUUUCCAUGGUAGCAUUGGCUCAAAUAGCAAAAUAGGAAUAUUCAGUGAACUAUUGGCAAAACACGCAUUUCAAUAAUAAGGGACAAUUAUAAUUAUUAUGAAUUUAAUCUUAAUAUUGUUGAGUUAAGAAUAAGUGCACUAUAUAUUUAAUAUGUUUAUAUUUUAUACCUUAUUUAAAUAUAAACAAACAAUUUAUUUUAAGAACUUGAAUAUAAAAAGCUUUGGGG